AUGCCUCGACUGUCAUUUCCGUCAGUGAAGAGACUGGCGGAUGUGGUUCCCACCUUGCCACCCAGUGAAUCCUCGGUCAAGAACAACGAGAGGAAUGACGAGAGCAUCGAACCCUGUGUGGCCUCUUAUGUGAAGCUCGCUUUCAUAUUUCGUGUCCCAUUGGAGGUGACAAAUUUGAUCCUGCUAAAAAGCCGCGACUGGACCCAGUAAGUAAAGGAAGAGUUGAUGCCUUUUCCGCUCCUCCUCCUCCAUAACGAGACAUCUCGUCGGACAGUAUUACAGGCCUUGGAGAAGUCCAGUAGCGUAAGUGUCGUACACUGCAUCGAAUUCUUUUAGAGACCGUCACGGAUGAGCCGUGGCAGUCUGAGCUGACUGAAGGAGGCCCAGCUUGCUUGUGCGUAGGUGGACGGUUUUCCUCCAGAGCGACGUGUAGGAGAUCAGUAGGGAUUCUUUACACCCCUUGCCCAUCGCAGAAGUCAGACUGGUCGGUCUAUAGCUCGUCUGAUUUUCGGAUCUUUUGCAACCGUCGGUAUCGAACGGACCUCAUUCAUUCUUCAGGAUUUUGACACUGUCUUGUCGUAUCAAAAAAGAUCAGAAAUUCUGCAGAGUGCGAUAAUACCAUUGGGGCCGAACGACCCUAGAAAGUGGGGGUGUCUCAUAUCAGGUUUUUCUGUGUUCUCGGGAUAAGUGUCUUGGUUAGUAGCUUACCCUUCGUCAGUUCAGGUGUUCCGGAUCCUUUCUUAGGAGAGCUGCGUUGAGAUCACAUUUUGCCUAUCGGUCUUUCUUAAACAGUCUUGGCUUACCAACCGGCCGGGAAGACGGGUUGCCCAUUAGCCUAGCUGCUGGCUACCUGGCGCGUCCACAGGUGGCAGAUAGUGGGAGGGCCUUCAGUGAAGGUUAGCUGCGAAAUAAGCAGACCCAGGUCUGACGAGUAAGCAGUUGCGAACCAGCAGUGACAUUGCAACCAGGGUGAGGGGAGAUAAGACGAGAUGCGAGAACUACCGUGGCAUAGGUCUCAUCGACGUUACUGCGAAGCUCUUCGCUAUUGUCCUACUCAGGCGAUUCCAGGCUGUGCGUGACUCAAGGACGAGGCCCAACCAAGUCGGAUUUCGUGCUGGACGUGGAUGCGCAGAUCAGAUAUUCACACUGAGGCGCAUUCUCGAAUUUCGCCAUAGCUACCAACUACUGACGGCCGUCUGCUUCCUUGACUUUGCCGCCGCGUUCGAUCCCGUUCAUCGUGAGUCCCUGUGGCGGAUAAUGGCGCUAAAUGGUGCACCGGCAAAAAUAAUCGCCAUGAUCAAGGCCUAUUAUCGCUCCACUACUGCGAGAGUCUUGGUCCGCAACAAUCUUUCCCAACCGUUCGGUAUUCGGUCUGGCGUUCGACAGGGUUGUAUCCUGUCACCCAUUUUGUUCAACUAUGCUAUUGACUGGAUCCUCGGGAGGGCCCUACGCGAGGGUGAUGGUGUUGAGUUUGCACCCGGACACCGACUGACUGAUCUCGACUAUGCCGAUGAUAUCGCCUUACUUGCCUCAAGGUUUGGUGGUCUGCAGUCUAUGGUGUCACCGGUGAACGAGGUCGCUAAAUCAGUCGGUUUAUCCAUAAACGCUGGGAAGGCUAAAGUGUUUUCAGGCUACAUCCCGGACCAGGAAAAGGCAGCCUCGGGAUUGAUGGCUGUCAACUUGAAGAAGUAG